CCCGGAAAAUCUGAAUCUCGUAUCACACCAUACGUCAGUCCUCCCGCCGCCCUCGCCUCUAUAUAGGUGCAGGACAACGCUGCCCUGGCGGCGAGAUCGCAGGACGUCCAGACAAGAACCAUGAAGCUGACCCUUGUGCUGCUGUUGUUGUCGGUGCUGCUGCUGCUACCGGAAGUUGAAUCUUGGAGGCGGCGGAGGUUCCGACGCAUCUUCAAACCAAUCGUAAAACUGGGCCGCAAAUAUUUGCCCAAAAUACAUCGCGGGAUCAAGACCGGGUGUCAUUAUUACAGGACAUACGUGGGUCGCCAAGCAGAGCUCCUGGACACCAACAAAGAUGGCCGCGUGGACAGGUCGGAGGCCGCCAGCUACCUCGGCGUGGACCAUGAGGACGAGGAGCUUCACGACUUCAUGAACAAGGCUGACUUCAAACGAGACGGCAUCGUUGACUUGGACGAGUUCCUGGACGCCGCCAUCAUGGCACAAGCCCAGAAAGAACAUCUUGACUGAGAACCGGACCUCUUUUACUAUCCAUCUGUAUCAAUGCACACGCCAAUUUUCAAUAAACUCUUUUCUACUUGA